AUGCCAGCAAUUCCCUUUAUUGCCUCAUUUCUAGAGCAUGCUAUCGUGCAUCGUGCUACUGCAUCGCCCCCUAAUGUGACUGCGGCUGCAAGUUCCUCACAACUCGAGGUUGUCUGCGCCUGGCCGGUUUCCGGUCAAUAUGGCCCGGGCACCCGAUUCCUAUACUAUAUCUUGAUUGCAGCCUGUGUGGUCGCUCGCAAAGUAGAAUGGAUUCGGAACGCUUGUCUGGCCGCUGUGUUACUUUUCCCCGCUAUUGCGGCUCUUCAUGGGAUUGUGCUUGCUGCGCUUCAUGUCGACGGCGCUAUCGAUAUGGAUGUCUAUGGGGCAUUCCAGCUAUGCGCAAUCGGCAUAUUAACCGCCCCAGCGACCGUUAGGCUGUCACGGACCUACUUCAAUAAUCCCGGCCGUGAUAUCAUAUUCUUGUGGACAGUCCUUCUCCUAGUCGGGCUAGUAAGCUUGAUUGUGGAAUUCAUGCGCCUCAACCCCACUAUUUGCCCAGGUGACGACCCGGCAAGUAUUUUCUGGGCCUCAACAGGGGGCGCAAAAGGUGGUGUAUUUCAAUAUGGCUCCAACUGUAGCAUUGUUUGUAAUACGGAUGAUGGGCCAUUCUCACCGUUGCGACUGGACGCAGCCGACAAUAUCUACGUGAUUCCAGUGCCUCAUGAGCUGACAUUCAAUGCUACGACGCUCAUUGCGGCUGCAUGCUGCAUUCCUGCCAUCCUGUCGUUGGUAUCUAUGUGGAUCAAAAUUCUGGAUGAUAACUGGGAGAAGUUCUCGACUGGAAAACCUAAGCAGAAGCCAGACGAUCUCAUUCUGGGAACCAACGGAGCUACUAUCAACCAUAUGACUGGAAUCACCAACAAGAUAAGCAAAUGGCUGGCUCUCAUUGAGAUACCAGUGUUUGCUGCUGCAGUGCUGGGAAUCCUCGUUAAAGGGGAAAUGAACUUCUGGAGUACGCCACUGAGGUACCAAACAGAGCCUAUACAAAGUAUUGGUCAAUGGGCGCCAAUCGUUGGUACAGCACUCGCUGCAUUAGGAUCACUGUAUCUGCUUCUCUCUGCGGAUAUGAAAGCCGCAGAAAAAGAAGAUGGACAGCAACAAGAGAUUAUUGUGGGGAAAUGCCAAAAUUGUGACUGUGCUGUUUCAGACACCGGAAGCAGUUCUCGACGAGACUCUAGAACAAGUGCCGAGAGACAGGACCUCGAUAUGGAACUGAAAGCCAUACGCCGCCAUACUACCAACCAAACCAAUAUCACCCAGCCCGAUCUAGGAAGACGGAAGGUUGCCCGCUUAUUCAAUGCAGCAAGUGACUUUAUGACCACCAAAGCUCACAACCAAAUCGAGAAAACGGGGUUCAAACCCGAAGCGAAAACAACUUACCCGGAGACACCAGGAGAGAGAUACAAAAACUCAGAUCUCCAAAAACAAAUAGACAAAUACAAAAGGUCUUCUACACCUGAUAACCGAUCAAGAGCUGGGAGCAGCAGGGGCUCCGUAGACAAUGGCGAAGGCAGCUCAAGGAGGCCCCGGAGUCCAACGCGGCGUUCAGUGCCUACCCCAGCUGUCUCACGGCCAAGAUCCCUGUCCUCCUGCGUCCGCGUCCGCGGGUUGGCAACGACAGUUGAGUCCGUUCGAUAUAACGUCGACCUCGCGAAGCAGAGCACCAUCUAUUUCGGAGGUCAGCCCCACAGCUUCAUCACCGGGGCUUCAGAACUGGUGUUAUCCACACCGCGGCAACACCGGAUAGCCAUCCGGUCUACCCCCGCCCGACACAACCCCAGAAAGAGUUCCAUCCCGGCAGCCCCUGAUCCGACGAUAAUCGUACGAUACUAUCAAAUGGCAUCAAAUUCACCGGAUAACGAAACACCUAACGGGCGGCCCUCCAAACGGCGCCGUGUAGCCGUCGCCUGUGAUGCAUGCCGAACCCGCAAAUCCCGAUGUGACGGCAAACGGCCCAGCUGCUCGCUAUGUCAGGAUUUAGGAUUUGAAUGUGUUUACACGCCACCGCCAGCGGCCACUAAUCUCAUUGUACAGAAAGAUUAUCUGCAUGGGCUUGAAGAUAGGGUAAAGAGGCUUGAGGAGUCUUUUGGAGCUGUUAGGGGUGAUUUGGAUGGGUUGGCGAAAAGGGUUGAUCGUGGGCCCGAAAAGGACAGGAAAAGGGGGUCUGCUAUCUCUGGUCAUAAUGUUGGGGAGAGUCAGGGUGAUGCGAGAAUUGCUACACCGAUGCCUAAUUUGAUUGGGACGGAGGAUUCAGUCGACGGUAUGGGUGCAGUGAUUUUUGAGGAUGAGGAGGAUUCCGGGUUCUUUGGCCCUUCUUCAAAUAUUGCAUUUCUUCGGCAUUUGUCGAGCGCUAUUGUUCAGCCGGGGUAUUUCCCUUCACCUGGCGCCGCUGAGGGUGGCUUCGUGAAUGCAUCGAGGCCAUCAUCACCUCCACGUCAGAGAGGGCAAGAUCAGCGCAUACAAGUGAACAUAUUUGCAUUACCGCCGCAGGCAAACACUUUGGAGCUCAUCCAACGCUACUUCUCUAACACGGGCUUGCUAUUUCCGUACAUAUACCCGCCCUUCUUCCUGGACAUAUAUCACCAGAUGGUACGGGAGAACUUCAGUCGGGUAAGGAGAACUUGGCUCGGCUUGUUAAACAUGGUUCUGGCUAUGGCUACUAUUGCUGCAAUUCCUGGAAGUGCGAGUGCAGAUGCUCGGAUCAAAGAAUCGGAUGUCUUUUAUCAGCGUGGCGUUGGCUUGUGUGGGAGUGAAAUCCUGCGAGGGACAACCCUAGAAGUGGUUCAAUAUUUGCUCCUGAUGGGCCAGUACCUCCAAGGCACGCAAAAGUCAAUACAAGCAUGGACCGUCCAUGGAUUAGCCGUCAAAGCCGCUCUUCAGCUUGGAUUACAUUCACGGCAUGCAUCUAAACUAUUUUCUCCUAUGGAGCAGGAGAUGCGAAAGCGGACUUGGUACGGCUGUGUGGUUUUAGACCGAACUUUGAGCAUGACUUUUGGCAGACCGGCAGCUAUUCCAGAUAGCUACGUCAAGCUCGAGCUGCCCAUGAAACGGGAAUUUGAAGAUUCAACAGGACCUGCGGAUGAAGAUCCAGCGGCCUUGAGCGUUGUAUUCUUCAACUCAACGAUUGGACUUUAUAAACAGCUUUGGAACGUCCUAGAGCUUCUCUAUGGCCAAAACAUCGGCUGCGACGGCCCAUUGCCAGUCAGCGAAACUGUGGCCCAUAUCUUCGGCUUAGAACAGCAGUUGUUCUCCUGGGAACGGUCGCUUGCCCAUCCAUUACAACUCAUAUCUUCGGCUAGCAUUGCGAAUCUGCCUCAUGAUCAGAUGUCAUCUAAUUCCCAAUAUCUCUCGUUGAAGUUUCAAGUCAUCCUGACCUUGAGAUAUCUUAAUCUUCGAGUGUUACUCCAUCGCCCAAUACUGGUCAAAUUCAUCACCGCAAGCAGGUCCCCUGAUCGCGAUCCUCAAGAUAUGAGAUUGUUGCAACAGAUUGGUAUGAACAGCUUACAUAUAUGCGCUGAUUCCGCGAUGGAGAUCAUUGAUAUCGUACAUCACAUGGUAUCAGAACCUGGAUGGAAGCACAGCCUCUUAGGGGCUUGGUGGUUCUCAUUAUACUAUACUUUCAACGCGGCACUGGUCCUCAUUGGAGUGGUUUGGAUCUACCGUGAUACCAACCUAACAAGCUCCCCAAUGACAGAUCAAACAAGCAAAGCCAGACAUUAUCCCGGUCGCGCAGUAGCAGCACUUUCCAGGCUCGAUGAAAGAAACCGGUUGAUUGAUAGAUGUCGGUAUUACUUGGAACAAUUCAGCAAGGUCUUGAAUGAUCAUGAAACGAAUUUUGAUGCCUCAAUUACAACCCUUCCCGUUCUCCAUGGUAAUCGAGCAGGCCUCACAGGGGACGACUUCAAUUUCUCGCCAUUCGGUAUGGAGCUUGGCGAGUUCAUGAUGGAUGGGGAUCUUGUUGCGAUGAUGGAUCGUCAGGGACUUAUUCCCGUAGAUCCCGAUUCAGCCUUUACUGCUUGA